CCUCACGUCCCACCUUUCUAACAAGGCAGACCCUUUUCCAAAAAAAACUCUCACGGCCCUUUCCAAUCUUUGUUCUUCUCUUGGAUAUUUUGAUUAAAAUUUCACUUCAAGAUUAUCAUCUUGCUUGCUGUAAUAUCAGAUAAGAUAAAAUGGGCCAACAUAAGAGAAAGAGAACUAGGUCACCUUCUCCUGAUGCUAGUAAAAAAUCUAGAAGCUUAGCUGCUACUAUGAAACAAAGUGCUGCACGUAAGAAAAGGGCUACCACAUCAGUACAACAACUAAUUGAUGAAACAACUCGAGCAAGAGAGGCUUUUGCUUAUGCACCUUUGGAGAUGGUGGUACCUUUACACAGGUGAAAAAGAAACACUUGAGAAUAAUGGUGAAAAGUUAGGUGAAGAAGAAAAAAGUGGCGAGAGUGCAACCAAGCAAUCAAGUGAAGAGGAAAAGAGUGGUGAGAGUGCAACUCAGCAAUCAUGUGAAGAGGAAAAGAGUGGUGAGAGUGCAACUGAGCAUUCGGGUGAGAAGAGGAAAAAAGUGGUGAGAGUGCAACUGAGCGUUCGGGUGAAGAAGAAAAAGAUAGAACUACGGUUGGUGACUUGGAUGGUAAUCAGGUUAGAGAAGACAGAACUGAGAAUAGUACAUCAGCUACAUUAGAAAGAACAGAAGAUAGAGAAGAACAACAACUUGAUCAAAAUGAUGCUCAAUCAGUAGCCAUUGCAGAAUAAAUUAAUGAUACUGGUGGUGGUAAUUCAAAGGGUACUGGAUCACCAAAUAAUUAUAGUGAUCCCAAUGCUCUUUCUGUUCCAGAAUGUGUGAAGACCAUUUCCAUUGAAAAAUAUGUAUUUGAGACCCACUUGAAUUUGAAUGGUCCUUCUGAUUCAAGGAUCAAUGUGAGAGUCGGCUUUGGAACUCAAUUUGUUGAGUUUAGAAAGGUUUUGAUCGAUCAAGGUAUUGAGAAUGGUAUCAAAAAAACUUGUUUUGGUCACUUUUUAAACUUGAAGAAAUAUGUAGCAAUACUUCUCCCAAUGAAGUUGGUGCACGACCUUCUUCUUCGCCGAAUUUCUUGUGAGAAGAAAAAAGAAAUUUAGUGUGAUUACAAUGGCUUGCCUAUUUGUUUCGGCAUCAAUGAAUUCGCUAUCGUGACAGGACUUCAGUGUCAUUCCCCCCCCCCCCCCCCCCCCCCUCUUAGUCAGUAGUUAGCAAAGGUUAAAGAAAAGGGUACAAGUUUGGUAGAUAUAGUGGGGAAGUCUAUUGAUGGUGAUGGUCUCAUUGAGAAGCUAAAGGAUUCAAACUUGACAAAAAAACAAAAGGUGGCUGUGAGUGUCGUUUGGUUCUUGCAUAGCGUAUUGUGUGCAAAAGAUUAAAAAAAAAGGUAGACACCAAUUGGUUAAAAAUGGCGUCGAACCAAAAGUUAUUCGAUUCAUACCCAUGGGGUCGAAUAAGCUUCGCUUACUAUUGAAUAUCUUUUAAAAAAAUUGGAUCCAACCAAAAACCAAUAUAAUCUUUAUGGCUUUCCAUGGGCGUUCGCAGCUUGGGCAUUUGAAGCUAUUCCGGCAGUUCAACGGCUAGUUAAGGAGCCUUCACUUGAGAGGCAAUGCCAAGAAUGAUUAAAUGGUUGUCUGCAAAACUAUCGAGAAAGGCUAAUUCUAACUCGACAAAUAUUGAUCCUCUUGUUCAGACAAGAAAAGAGAUGCAAAAUCAGAUUGUGCACCCUUUUCUUUUUCCAACAAACAUAGAGAAAAGGAAGGAUUAUAUUCAAGAUAUUACGCCUUUUGAAGAUGGUCCGGAUCCAAACAUUGAUGUUUUAAAAGCUGAGUUGGCACAUGUAACAACUAUAAAACUAGAUAUAGUUGGUGGUGAUGAGAGUCUUGAGAGAGCUGGUGGCGAGGAGAGUGUUGUGAGAGAUUAUGGUGUUGAUCAGAGAGUUACUACCCAAACCAUUAGUCCACACAUGGACUUUAAUAAUCGUAGAUCUUUUGGUGGAGUAGGAGGAGGAGACUCGUAUGCAGCCGAUCUUGGUAUGGACGUAGAUACUCCUGGAGUGACAAAAACAACAGGUGUGAAUAUCUCCAAGGUCUCUUGUUGCUGCGAAUGCAAAAAAUGUUGUCAUAAGCAUAAUGCUCUUUUGGAGGCACUAAAUUCAUUGUCAGUGAAGUUGGAAAAUCAGCAGCCAAAGAGGAAUAGAUUUCCGAGCUACGUAAUGCGAUCUCCUUAUACUCCCGAAUUAAGGAGAAGGUUGGCCAUAAAUACCAAAGACAAGAAUGGGAGGACGAAAAAUAAAUUAAGGGUGGAUCUAUACAAACCUCUUGCGACGGAGAAGAUAGAAGCCUUUAAAGACUUCCUUAGUAAGAAGGAAGAAGAAAGAAGAAUGUACCUAAGUGAUGAAUUGAAUUACCAAGACUUGGAGAACAUGACUGAUCCAAAUUUCUCGUUUGAGUGCAAGGUAACAUCACUAAUUUUUUUUUUUUUUUACAUAUUUUAACAUUAAAUUUCUUUUCUUGAUUGGUUCUUGUUAUGGAGAAGUUGAUAGAGACGUUUUGGAGCUUUCUUGGCUAAAUUCUAUUGGACAUUUUCUUUUAUAUAUUUUAACAUUAACUGAUAUUUCUUGUGGAAAUCUCUACAUAGCCUACUAUUAACUAUUAAAGUUCUUCAACAACUAUAGCAGCUACUGGAGUUGUAGGACAACUACAACAGUUGUCCCACAACUGCAACAGUUGUCCAUGAACUGCAAUAGUUGUUUGGCAACUACAAUUCAUUGUUAGUUACUAACAUUGAACUAUUUAUUGAUUUUAUCUUUUGAAGCAUGUUAAUGAGAUUUUUUCCCUGAUGCGCAAUAGACAGAUUUGGUUCCCCAGGCACUACAACCAAACAUAUCUAAUUUUGGAUUUAAAGUUUUAUGACAACUUGCAUGAUGUUUACAACAUUUUGAGUGAUAAGAGUUUGGUGAACGGUGCCCCACCAAUGAAUGAGGUACUCUCAUUGUUUGAGAUUGACAGUGACAUACUUAAAUAUUGAUCUGGUAUAAGACCUUACCCAUAUGGUCGGAAGUGGGAUGGAGCAAAAAGAAUUUAAAUUGUGAUGAACAUAAAGUGUAAACACUUUAUUGCACUUGAAUUUCUAAUGGAGAAGGUCUUGAUUCAAGUCUAUGAUUGCAAUACUGAUGAGUGUGAUGAGCAGACUUUCAUUACAUUUAUCCAACCUAUUCUACAAUUGUGGCCUAAACUACUCAAGCAAAGUGGAGUGUUCAACUAUUUCCCUAAAAAUUUACUAAAUAAAGCAUGGUCGUAUGAGCGUCUAAAGGAUAUCCCGAGAAACAUGUCUAGGCAGGCUUGUGGACCGUACUCUUUUUCAUUUAUUGAUCACCUUCUUAUUGGGACUGAUAUGACACAUCUCAGUGACAACGAAGUGGACAAUUUUAGGCUAAGACAUGCUGUUGCAGUGCUUGAGAAGGAAUUGAAACCUUAGGGGAUUGGUUGUGUAUGAGAUUGCUUUUUGUACUUUAUUUAAUGGCCAUUUUGGUUAAUGGACAACUAGUUCUUUUUGUACUUUAUUUAAUGGCCAAUUCGGUUAAUGGACAACUAGUUAUUCUUUUUGUACUUUAUUUAAUGGCCAUUUCGGUUAAUGGACAACUAGUUCUUUUUGUACUUUAUUUAAUGGCCAUUUCGGUUAAUGGACAACUAGUUCUUG